AACAGAACAAGGGAGCCCAGUCUGGCCAACUUCUCAUCUCGAAUCACUCAAAAUGUCGUGUCACGAUUGUUCGGCCCCGGAGAAAUCCUCCAGCAGCAGCGGCCCUGGGCGCGCUCAUCAGUUGAUUUCAACUCUGCUACCCGAAGGAUUUGCUUUCUUGUCCUGCUCGUGUUGCUGGCUACCCACUGUACUCGACUUCAUCUUCGCUGGUUCCAUCACCGCAGCUGGUGUGCAAAAGUUACGAUUUUUCUUUCUGGCCGUUUCUGUCUUGACUCUGUCCGCUAGCAUCGUGCGUCAAGGCUUCAGCCGUGGGAAUAUUCGCCGCGCAGCCAUUUGCGCUGGUCUACUGGUCUGGACGCAGUAUAGUCAGCGGGAUCAGGGUCAUCAUAGUUGUCACUAACGUCUGCUGUCUUUUUGUUGAAAGACAGCUAUCUUCGGGUGUCUUGACGAAUGUUCUAUUAUGGUUGGCCUGGAAUUUGUUUCUUUCCAACGGAUGGCUUCUAUAAAGGAGAAGGCAGCGAGCAAGGAAUGAAUGGAGAAGUUCAUAUGUUGAUACGAAUGAAAGCUGCAGAGUCAUACAUUUACGUAUACGACAGACUAUCAUUCCAGCUCACUCACGACAGUUGUGGUAUACCACAAGUACAGAAAAGUAACAACAAAUUGCAAUCAGUACAGUAAGAAUGGACAAAUGCUUGCUGGUGUGAAUACAGAGACAGUACUUUUCUGAUCAGGUGCGUGCCAUAAUUGAAGUAUGUGAAGCUGCUAUGUCCUCGUGUCAGGCAUCUUCUGAUAUGUCUCUCGUAUCGGACAACCGCAAUGGGUAUACGCCUCCCACUGCCCUAUCCCAAACUCCCUCGGACACUUCUUCUUCCAUCUUUUCCCCCGGAUCAGAUUG